AUGAGCCGCCGCUUUCCUCAGCCUGCUUGUGUAGCGUCAGCUCCGCGUGCUUUCCGCAUCAGCGCCGCGAGCAUUCCGCAUGCCCCCAAACAAACCGGCCAAAGCUUUGGCCCAAGCGCACUCUCACCACCACACCAUAUCGUCAGGUUGGCACAAUCCAAGCUACUUUGUUCAACCACACAGCCCCUACCGGCCAAGCUCACCAAAUAUCAAGUCCUCAUAUUGCUGGGCCCAAACAUGCAGCCACGGCUCAACGUCACUUUGCACUUGAACUCCAAGCUAGUUUCAUCGCAUGCAGCUCAUUGUAAUUACAUCUCACCAGGGCGCAACCUGAUUAUCUCUAAUUACCCGUCACAGUUUACCUUGGCAUGUGCAGCAAAUAAAAUUUUGGCAGGUGAAGAAAUUCUCAUUCACUGCAUCAAGGAGCUCACUACCAUUCUGCGCCUCGGACUUGAUGCCAAAGGAACUGCUGGAGAGCUAGCUAGUAGAAUUAUCUUAUCAUGUGCAAUGUGUAAUGCCAUUAAACUCAAGGAAGAUUUAGUCAAAAUACCCUACGGCUGCUCAGUUUUAUUGGCUGACUUUUUGGAGGCUUUGACCGGUAAUCCAGCAAAUAAAUUGCAGCUCGGCCAAAACCUCCCCAAAAAACCUCCGGAAGAACUCUUGGAAAAAGGGAUGGUCCAGAUCGUCACUUUCUGCGGUGUUCAAGUAAAGAAUACCCCAACCAAGCCCAGCUUUGUUGCUGACAAUCACAAAUGGACCGCCAAAUACUCUGGUGUCCACAUCACAAAGGGCAAUCCAUAUCUGGUGCUUUUCAUGAGCCUGAAGACGGAAGGCAAAACUGUUCAUUUACCCAAGGGAGAUAAACUGCAAGCGUCCCAAGUAUUCCAUGGUUUGAAGAGCUUUGCCUUUCUUACUGAAGAAGUAGUCAAAGCCCUACAAGAAAUGAUAGAUGUUGAACCAAACAUACCAUCACUUCAUAAGGAUGACGAUGGAAAACAAUACACCAACCUAAUUAACCCAUUGGUAUAUACUUGCCCCGAGGGCUAA